AAAAUGGCAGCCGCCGCAAGCGCCAAUUAAUAACACGAGAACAAAAUGUUGAAAAUUGUUCGAAAACACGAUAUUUACUCCAAUUUUGCGAUUUGAAUUUCAUACAGAGUGAAGAUGUCCUGGACAUUCAUGCUUCUGGUUGUGCUGUAUGCACUAGGACCAAGUGUGAUCGGUGGUUUAAAGAGGCUUGGGACUCACAGUAAUCCAGCUAAAGGUGUGACUGUUCUUGGAGGCAAGUUCCCGCCCCCUGCCGUGUUCUAUAACCAUUUUAUGCGUGGCAGUGAACCACUCCUGAUGAAAAACGUCCUCAAUGAGACUGACUUCCCUGCCUUUAACAAGUGGACUGAUACCUACCUUCGUGACUUCUAUGGUGAUGAGCUGGUACGUGUUGAGAUGCAAAAGAAGGAGCAGCGUGGGGAGGAGAGACUGCCAAUACGCCUCAGGAGAUUCCUCGACAUCUACGAGACAAGAGACAUGUACCUGGUACACAACCUCCCACAAGCCAUGUAUGAUGAGGUGUUUGUUCCGUUCUCACUGCGGUGUAACAGCCUGCGAGACGUGAUCCAGGAGGCUGUUCUGUGGAUGAGCAGUGGGGACACAGACUCUGUCCUGCACUAUGAUGAUCUACACAACAUUCUCUGCCUCAUUGACGGACAGAAAGAUGUAGUCCUCUAUGACCAAGCUUACAAAUCGAUGGUUGAGGCUGUGGGUUGGGUUGAUGAGGGUGCAUACAGUGAACUGGACCCCACAGCUGCAGACCCUGCCCAAUACAGUGCCCUCUAUAGGGCACCCUGGUACCAGCUAAACAUGCGCAAAGGAGACUGUGCCUUCAUACCAAAACGAUGGUAUCACUACAUUCACUCUCCUAAAGGGCGUAAUCUUGCUGUGAACCUGUGGUUCUCCCACCUGUGGUACUUCAACCAGACUGGCUGUGAAGAUCUGAAGCGGGAAAACGAGCCACUCAACAACUUCCACCUCGCUUCACCUAACCAGCAACUCCGAUCAGAAUUCUUUUCGCCAUUUGGCACACGGCAGGAAGUGAUCAAGAGGAAGUUCAUAGCUGAUUGUUGGUGUACAGACAAACAGGAUGCAGAAAGAAUGUUUGACUUGCUGAACAAGAACGGUGACAUCAAGCUGACAUGGGAGGAGAUGUACGCGGACAACUUUGACAAGCUGGUCAAGAAAUUCCCACAAUGCUUUGUGCGGCCAUCCAUGAAGACGGAAAGGAAGAAUCAUAUGGAAAUGACAGAGACACCUCAUGAAACUGAUGCAACUGUUGUUACGGAGAUAGCCCCAGCUGUAGAACAUACUAAGAGUACAACUGUGGCUGAGACAGAUUCUAAUGACAAUAUCAACAAAGAUAAAGAUACAGAAAAACCUGUAGGCAAGAGUGUGGUGGACAAUCUUGAUAGUGUUAAUAUAGAUAAUAAAGAUGUGUUCAUAGAAAAAGGUCCAGAGACAGAUAAGGAGACAGUAGAUGUUGAUGAAAAUAGGUCGGAAACUGUAAAGGACUCUGUCAGACAACAUGUAGAUCAUGAUGAAUUUUAGGGUGAAGAUAUUGAAAUGUUGUGUGCUGGAUUGCAACAGUAGGUUCAUAAAAUUAAGGUUGUGACUUGUGAGCUGUCAUAUUAUUAUCAAUAUGUGUGGGUGUUAGAUUAUUUUUGUAGAGCAGUGUGUUUCAAAUACCUGUGUAAGGAAACCUUAAUUCUUUGUCCCACAUUCAAUUACAAAUGAAAUGUAUAUGAAUGUAGCAUUGUAAACAGAGCAGAGGAACCAAACAAGAUACAAGAACAUGAAUGCAAACAGAGAAACCACAUCACACACAUCUUGUAUGUAUGUCUAUCAUGUACAACAGCAGUGUUGUAUUGAAACAUUACAGACACUUACAAACAUUAAAUAGUUUGUUGUUAGCCACAGAAUCUCAUGUCAUUCAUUAAAGUGAGCAAGCUUUACCCCAGCAACACAUACUGGUACUGUAUACUCUUGACUGUAUGUGUAUAUUUAGUGUAAGACUUUCAAGUGUGUGUGUUACAUUCCAUUAAAAUAUAUUUUGCUCAAAUUUGGUUAACAUACAUGUAAUAAUCUUAAGAUUGCUGUUAUGUUUUAUUAUAAAUCUUUGUUAAGGUAUUGUUGCAUUAAUGUUUUAAUGGGUCUUUUGCUUGCCACAUCAUUGUAAUGGGACUUUUGCGUGCAUUUCAGUUUUGUGAAUGUUUGCAUCUUACAUUCUUACAUGUUUAAUGAUUUAAGCCAUGGAAAAAAAAAAAAUAAUACAGUUAUAAUCAAUCAAACAGGCGGAUGUUCAAGAACUGGAGAUUGGUCAGGCUCGAGGCUUCAUCCCGACCAUUAUUCCUUCUUUUUUCAUAUAAAAUAUGAUGAUGAAUAAAAAACUAAGUUAAUUGAAGACCAGGAGGUUAUUUCACACAUUUUCCCUAAAGCGUGUUCGUAAAUAAACAAACAAUUGCAGGUGUUAAAAUUUCUCAAGUUGACAGAUGAAAGAAAAUUUGAUAAGAUGUGAAAAACUGAUUAUGACUGUUUACAUAUGACCGCUAUUACUUGAUGAGGGUUCACCAGUUCCACGACAGACACAAUGCGCCAAUUAUCCAUCCUUGACUUUGAACUUAAAUCUGACUAUUGUCAUAUUCCAAUGUUGCUUUUUGAAAAUGUGUAAUUGUUUUUGGAAAUUUAAGCUUUUUAUUCACAUUUAGCUUAUGACAGCCUUUUAAUAUAAUAUUGGCAAUUUCCACUAGGCAAUGCAUAAUCGGUGCCAAAGUGAACAACCAGUAUCACAACUUCAAACUUUGAAAAUAACUUGGAAGACAUUUCAUAACAUACUAAAAUGGGAACUUGGGUGGCAUGAAACAUCCGAACACUCCAGGUUUUAACUUGGACCCAGGGGUCCUCAAGUGACCGCAGUUUUACUGUAGUACACAAAGUGCUUUAAAGAAUAAAAAAUAAAUGUUUAAGCAUAUUUGUUAAGAUUCUACUACUGUGACUUGUCUUACACAGUUUCUGCAUUAUAAUGUAACCUACAUAGCAUGGCAGUCAUACCAGGAUAAUAUAAUCCUAUGUUUACUGCAGUGUAACACUUAAAUUUACGCACUCUAACUUUUGUAUUUGUUAUCCAAAGUUUAUCAAACAAAGAUAAUAUUUAUUAGGUCAAUAUUGGAAAUGACUAUGAUCAUAAGCCAGAUUCCUCAUUUAAUUUGUGUCCCUUCACUUGUCAACAUGACCAAAUUCACUAGGUUGCUCUAGGAGCAUAUUUUAUCCCAAAUUUACCAAACUUCGCUACAAUGUUCAUGGAUUUAAUAUCUUGCCUGAGUUGAUCAACAGCCAGAUCACACUGUUCACACUAGAGUUAUGGCCUUUUCCUAAAUUUGACCAGUUAAACUUUGACUGUCCUCUCAUAGUCAUACCUUUAUUAUCCAAUCCUUUACAAAUGGGCUAACAAUGGUAUGUAGAUAAUGGCAUUUGAUUUUGAUAAUUUUUCAAUUACUUUUCAUAUGUUAUAAAAAGGAAUUGAUUUUUAGCUCUACUGGGCAAAGGCCAGAAGAGCUUAUGAGAUGGUAAUGUGUACGUAGUAUGUGCAUCCGUGCAUCUGUAAACAAUUGCUUGUGAACACGAUACAGUCUUCAGUUUUGAUUGUAUCUCGAUGAAACUUGUACAGUAUUUAGAUAUCCAUUAGAGCUCGGUUCUUUGCAAAAACCAGCCAGAUUUGACCAUGCAUGCCUAGAUUAUGGGCCUUGAAAGAAUUAAAAAAUCAGUUCAUCUGUAAACAAUUGCUUGUGAACAUGAUACAGUCUUCAGUUUUGAUUGUAUCUCGAUGAAACUUGUACAGUAUUUAGAUAUCCAUUAGAACUCGAUCCCUUUAAAAAACCAGCCAGAUCUGCCCAUGCAUGCCUGGAUUAUGGGUCUUGAAAGGAUAAAAAAUGCUAUUUUAAGCUAAGUCUAUUUUUAGCCAAGUCUACAUGAGCGAAGUCUAAGACCUCGGCGACGUUGGCGUAGGCCCAGGGAAGAGUUCUCUUUCCUUUGUAAGGGACGGACCCCCCCUCCCCCCUAUAUUGGGAAAUGUUAAAAACCUUUUUGUCUGAAACCACUAUGCAAAUCCUUGCUAUUUUGAACAAGGCUUUAUUUAGUGGUCCACUACCAUGGUUGUUCAAAUCAUGCCCCUUGGGUCAAAACUGGCACUGCCCUGGGUGUCACUAUUUUCCUAGAGACUUCUUUAAGAAAUAUUUUCAAAAUCUUCUUGUUUCAAACCACAAGGCCCAUACCUUUGAUAUUUGUUGUGGAGCAUCAUAUGAUGCAAUUGAAAACAUUUGAAAUAAUGCCCCUUGGGCAAAAGCUGGCCCCACCCCUUUUGACUUACUUAUUAAUUUUUAAAGCUACAGUAAUGGAAUCUUGACCAUGUGAACAGUUUUGCAAACAAGCAUUAAUGUUGUCCUUGGAUGUCCUUGACUUUGACCUUUGACCGACUUUUUUAUUUUUAAAGCUACAGAAAUGAAAUUUUGACGAUGAGUACAGUUUUGAAAGCAAAUAUUUUUUACCCUCGGAUUACCUUUACUUGCCACAUAUUAAAAUAGUUCAUGCAACUAAUCUGCUUACAACACUUCCUGUCCUCAGAUGUUGAACGUGCAGCGUUUUCAGCUAACCCAAACACUAAAAGUGAACUAUAUAUUUGUUGCCUAUUACUCAAACGUACAUGCUCUGGAUUGAAAAUGACCACAAGAGCCAUGCCAGUAGAGCGUAGGCCCUUUUGGGCCUCUUGUUUGUAAAUAUAUCUGCAUUCACUAUUGUGCACAAAAUAUUACUACAUAAUAUUGUGACAGGCGGAAUAUAUAUAAUGCUGAAUUCUAGUUUUAAUUGUACGUGCAAGUAUAUCCCAAUGUGUUCUAGAAAACCUGUAAUUAAUUUCUUUGUUUUUGCAAGUUUAUUAUUGAUAUUUAAAAGAAAUGAAGCUUAUUAGUUUAUAUUUUGUCAUAAUAUACACAUAACUAUUAUUUAUAUUAUAUUACAUUUAUAUUUUUUUGUAAUAAAAAGUCAAUGGCAUUCCAGUUA